AAUAAAUCAGCCAAUGGGAUUUCUUGUUUCAGAUGAAAGUUUGGUAAGGGAAUAAACAGAAAGUAAAAAAUGGCGUCCGUUGACGAAAAGAUAUGUGAAAAACAUCAAAUCGAUCAUUUGACUGAAAACCAAAAGCUUUCGAUAUCAUGUAUCAGAGAAGAAAAAGGUGUUUUUAUUGGAACUAAAACCGGCAGUGUGUUAUCAUUAGGGCAGUUUAUUCCAGUCCUGAAAGUAACCAUGGGAACCUUUGGAGGUCACGCCCUUCCGGGCUCUUUCUUCAUUAUCUUCGCAGUGUGGUGGACUGUGUCUAUCUACAACAUUUAUUUCAAAUCCUUGAAACGCAGCACCCGAUUCAAGUCAACAAUGAAUUUCCCGUUUCUAUGUUGUCCUGGCAGAGUGAAAAACUGGCCACUGGAACCGAUUGUACAGUUAUUCUUUGUGACUAUUGGAUUUUCGCUGGAAAUUUACACCGGAGCAAGGAAUGGGAAAUUUUUCGUGUUGGGAAAUGGACAACAUGCUACAAUGUUUUUCUUUUUUGGUAUCAAUGCCGUAAUAGAUUUGCUCCUCUUUUAUGGGGUGCAAAUACCCAAAAAUUUAGAUUACGUGUCCAUGAUCAUAGCUCUUGGGAUUGAAGGACUAUUGUUUAAGUUUCAUCUCCAUGGCCAUUCAGACUUGGAGUCGUUAGUUCACACCAUGCUUCUCUACUCCAUUGCUUUAACCAUGAUAGGAACCAUCUUAGAAAUGAAGUAUCGCGACAACAUUGUGUGCGCACUUUCCCGGUGCUAUGGAUUUCUACUCCAGGGAACUUGGUUUUGGCAAGUCGGGUUCAUCCUCUACAAUCCAAAUCCGAACCAUACCCCAUGGAAGCCGGACAACCACGACGAUCUGAUGAUCGCUACUAUGUAUUACGCGUGGCAUAUUGGUGUAAAUUUUCUUCUCAUUCUCUGUAUUGGAGGAGUGAUCGCAUGUAUUCAUCGACGGUAUGGGGGAUAUCAGAGGGACGAUGGAUUCGUCACGAAAAAAUUAAUCAAAACAAGUCCCAAUGGCCACACUAUUCUCCAAAUGCACGAUGAUAGCGAGAAUGAAAGUGAUAUUGAGUUCCAAAAACUUGUAUCCGAAUAAUUCAUCUGAAAUACAAAUAGACAUCUGAAUAUUCCCGCAUCUGUUCUGUACCCCCAACAGUUUUCUUUUAAGUUGUUAAUUUCUUAUUGAUUCCCUCCAUCUCUCUCCAUUGUAUUAUAAAGUUGAUUACGGUCGUGUUUGGUGACUGUGAUACCACCAAUAAAAACAUAAAUGGUAGAAUGUGGGUGUGUAUGCGUGUGUGUGUAAAACACAUUAUGAUUAAAUUGUGUGGAACCUGUUGAAUAAAGAUGUUUAGGACCCUUGUGAGCUUUAAAUUAAAGUUUGUGAGAGUAGAUAUAAGUAAUCUGAAUGUCAAGUAUAUUUGUGAGGCAUUUUAUCAUGUAAAACUUGAUAAGAAUUAUAUAAAAAUAAAAAUAUCGGCCGUA